AUGCAGGGAGCCCUCAGGGACCGCAUGGAGAGGCUCGUUGUCCUGCCUUUCUCCGUCGGCUGCGUCUCUCACUCCAGCGUCGCCGUGGGCCGCGGCCACCCCAAAAGGACCCUCACGGCCGGUGACCCAUCCCCUGUACGGCGGAAGAUAGCGAAGAGCCUCAGCGGCUUCUCCCGGCUAUUCGUCCUCUUCAAAGAGAAAGACGAAGAGCGGAAGAUGGAGAUCAGUGCACCGACGGGCGUUAUACACGUCGCUCACGUCGGGUGGGAAGGCGGCGCCGCCGGUGCGCCACCAGGAUGGGACCUGGGGCCCGAGCUGCUCUCCCCCUCGACCGUCUCCGUCGGGCAGUCCGGGCCGGCCAUGGCGCCGCCGCCCGCCGUUCCUACCCGGGUUGCCUUGGUCGCUCUAGCUUAG